AUGGUUAACAGUCAAUAUCGUAUACAGAUCAACGACGUGAACGGAGGUUCUGCAUCAGAGGUCAGAAUUGCCUCGUCCGAGAGUACUGAGGAGGAACUUGAUGCCUUUUACGACGACAUCGAACAGGCACUAAAACAAUGCAAGUCAACAGACAUCACAAUCAUUCAAGGAGACUUCAACGCUAAAGUUGGGGAAAGCCUGAAGAGCAGAUAUGAAGCACUUCAAGGCGAACCAGAAGUUGAUUGGAACAGCUUGAAAGAGUGUCUCAUCACAGCAGAAAAUGAAACCUUGCCUGUAAAGAAGCAAGAUCAGAAGAGCAAGACAGCUGAGAUUCUAGAACUUAUGGAAACGAGAAGAAAGGCAAAGGUCAACAACGAGACCGAAUACAAACUCACAUAUAAAGAGAUAAAGAAGAAGUGCAAUGAAGUAAAGGAGAAACAACUUGAAGGGCCACCUAUCUUACAAGAUGAGGUGCGUUAUGUCUUAAAGAAGAUGAAGCAUGGCCAAGCACCAGGGCCGGACAAGGUUACCAUCGAGAUGUUUGAUGCUCUGGAAGAAUACGGGAUUGACCUGAUUACAACAUUGAUCAACAACAUCUAUGAUACAGGACACAUACCAUCAGAUUUACUAAAAUCAAAUUUUAUAGCUCUUCCGAAGAAGGCAGGAGCCAUCGAGUGUGGACUGCAUAGAACUAUAAAUCAAAUAAGCCAUCUUACCAAAGUACUACUACGAAUUGUGAUGCUAAGAGCCAGGAAGAUCAAGCCGGAAAUAGCCGAAGAGCAGUGUGGCUUUGUUGAAGGCAAGGGAACAACAAAUGCCUUAUACAUAUUGAGGACAUUAUCAGAAAGAGCCUUAGAGGUACAACAAGACCUGUAUCUAUGCUUCAUUGAUUACACCAAGGCCUUGGAUAUAGUGAAUCAUGAAACCAUAAUGAAGAUCCUCGAAGACAUUAACCUUAAUGGGAAAGAUCUUAGAAUUAUACAGAACAUCGAAAUCAUCAUGCGAAACAUCGAAGGCAUGCCAGGUGCCAUGGUCGGAGGGCAGAACAUCAAUAACCUGAGAUACGCUGAUGACACAGUAUUGAUUGUAGGCAACGAAGAAGACCUACAGAGCCUGGUUAACACCAUCAACGAAGAGAGUGAAAAAUGGGACCAGGAUUAA